AUGGGGUUGAAGUUUGCGAAGCAGGGGCCAGGAAAGGCUUUGAACACAGAUUUGUCUCAUGCUCAACUCUCAUUGAUUAAUUGUAUCACCAAGAGUAUUUAUAUUCGUAACUGGGUAUCCAAGCAUCGAAGGCGAAUGCUUGUUGCUGGUUAUGAUCUUGACAUGUCUUAUAUCACAGGUCGUAUAUUGGCAAUGUCAUUCCCUGCAGAGCGUGUGCGAGCAAUGUAUCGUAAUCCUCUCUGGCAGGUGAAAUCUGUACUGGACAUGCGGCAUGGGGAGCAUUACAAGAUUUAUAAUUUGUGUAUUGAGGAAGCUUAUGAUCCAUUACAUUUUCAUGGCCGUGUUGAGACAUAUCCUUUCGACGACAACCAUGUCCCACCUCUUGAAAUGAUGAAGCUCUUUUGUGAGAGUGUGGGUUCAUGGCUAUCAUCUGACCCAAGAAAUAUCGCAGUCGUACACUGCAUGGCAGGCAAAGGUCGAACAGGCUUAAUGGUAUGUGCCUACCUUGUUUACAGUGGCAUGACACCUGAGGAUGCUCUUCAGCUAUAUGCAAAUAAACGCACCACCAAUAAUCAAGGAGUCUCAAUACCAAGCCAACGUCGUUAUGUGGGAUACUGGGCAGAGGCACUUUCUUUUCCCAAGAGAGUUUAUGAUAGUCAUAGAGGUGAUGGUCAUACACCUCCUGAAGUGAUCUUGCCUCAAUCUCGUAUCAGAGAAUUGCGAAGAAUUCGACUUUAUGACAUGGUUAACACUGAAUCCGUUUUCUUUGUGGUCUCAGAGUUACAGGAGAUUCCAGGUCAGCUGUACCGUCCAUCUGUGGAAGUUGCCAAGAGUUGCCUACGACCAAUUAUCAAAGGAUAUCAGAGAAACAGCAGUCCUCAAUAUUACAUCUCCUUUACGGAAGGCAAUGAAGAAGAAGAGGAGGAUUUAAAACCCGCAGAAUCGCGCCUCAUUGUUCAAAUGGACACAGAGAGUCCUAUAAUCUACCAGAAGACCACUCUUGAUUAUUAUUUUGAUAAACCUAUACGAGUCAAGGGAGAUGUGCGUGUCAUAUUCUACCAGAAAAUGAUAGGAGGGCGUCUCUUCUAUGUCUGCUUCAACACAGCUUUCAUUAGGAAUGGCUUGCUGCAGUUCUCAACACGAGAUUUGGAUAAAGUUGGGACUAAAGGCAGAUCGAUAUGUGGCCCUGCCUUCUGCCUAGAGUUGCUCUUUGCUCCAGCUAAUUCAAACCAUUCAGGCACGCUAACCGAGGACGUUAAUGGUGGCGGCGGUGACGACAUUAGUAAUGACUGUCCUUGA